UCCUGAAGCGAGUACUCAUUCCUUCUCAGCUCGCUUCAGUUGAUCACAGCAGCCUCGAUUGUAGCGCUACUUUAGGCAGAUCGCGAUCAUGGCGUCCCAGACUGCUCGUGCGAUUGCCCUGAGUGGCAUGUUUGGGGUGCCUGUCUCCUCCCGAUCUGAGCUCACCACGAGGUCGUCCACUCGCGUGUUCGCCACGAGGAUCACAGUCACCGCAUCCGUCGAUGGCCAGGAUAUUUCCCGGCGAGCGGUCGUCACGAGCGGCUCGGCCUUGCUAGCAUCGCUGGUGGCGUCGGCAGUCACGACUGACGCCGCGUUUGCGUCGGAGAGAGGAGGCGACGAGCGCAAGAAGGUCCUCGACAAAAUCCGAGCUCUCCGCGAGGCAGCCCUCGUCACCGAGCCUGAGCCCGAACCUACGCCGGAGCCAGCCUCGGAGCCCGAGCCUGUGGCAGAGACCGAGGAGGCCGAAGUCGCUGCCGAAUCACCAGUGACGGAGUCCUCGUUGGACGAUUUAACAGUUGCUGACGUGGCUGUGGUGGAAGAGGGGUCGUCAGGCGUCGCAACAGUCGCAGAGCUUCCCGUCGCGGAUGUCCCCCCUUUCCCCGAGGUAGACAUUGCCGUGUGAGCGAGGCGGUCGAAUCGGCGCGACGGACUCGAUAUACGCCUUUCGUUUCAAGGGUUUUAUGGCAAGGCAGUAGUAUAUGGUAGGUUGCCGGACGAAGAGGCAGACAAGCAUGGGAACUGAGCAUGCUCUUAGCCGCGGUCAGCUCUAGGUUUUAGUUAGAAUAAUCGUGGGUGCAUAUGCCAACCUGCACGCAUGUCUGUUUUAGCAUCAUUGAUUGGAGUUCCGAAGUCAGGAUAUACUUCGGCAAAGAGACGAUGAAACGCAAUCCAUUGACCCUUACAUUC